AUGUGACUGGUUCUAGAGGUGUCCAUCUCACCUAACAUGAUGGAAUCUAGUUUGCCAUCUUCAACAGACUUUUUACACCACAAUGCCAGCAUCUAUGUAAACGCCAGCAACAACAGCUGGAGUCAAGUCCCUGACGGUGACUCACUGAGAAACAAUCAAACCCUGACCUUCCAUGAUCGCAUUAACAGCAUCCUGCUGGGAGUUUUCUUGGGAUUCCUUUCACUUCUCACCAUCGUAAUGAACCUACUUGUAUUGUAUGCUGUGAAGAGAGAGAAGAGCCUCCACACUGUAGGGAACCUCUACAUUGUUAGCCUUUCUGUGGCAGAUCUUAUUGUGGGGACCACAGUUAUGCCUUUGAACCUGGUAUAUUUGCUAGAAGAUGAAUGGAAGCUGGGGCGGGCUGUCUGCCAAUUUUGGCUGAUUAUGGACUAUGUUGCAAGCACAGCCUCAAUAUUCAGCUUGUUUAUCCUCUGUUUGGAUCGGUACCGCUCAGUGAGACAGCCGCUUAAGUACCUGAAAUAUCGAACACGGGGAAAAGCCAGUGUGAUGAUUUCCGGAGCCUGGCUGCUGUCCAUGAUGUGGAUUAUUCCUAUAUUAGGAUGGAGAUCUUUCACACAUGUAGACCUUAAACCUGAGGAGGAAAAUAAGUGUGAUACUGACUUUCGUUUUGUCACGUGGUUUAAGGUAAUUACUGCAGUCUUCAACUUCUAUGUACCCUCAGUUUUGAUGUUGUGGUUUUACACAUAUAUCUAUUUGGCAGUAAGGCAACAUCUACGGGACAGAGAGCGAAUCAUUCACCCAACUGAUUCGUUUGGGGAAAAUGAGAAUGGACAAAAUGCUCAAACCCCUGUGAAAAAUUAUUCCAGGUCUCCGAAGAGGGAAAGCGAGGUUCUAAUGAAACUAUCAAAACAACAAAAACUGCUAGACCAGAACACUCUAGAACAGACAUAUCCUCUUGAAGAUGGUGAUAAAAACAAAACUGCUCCAUCGAGAGCUCACAGAAAAAUUGGCGUAAAGUGCCAACAGACAUCAUUGCUUGCCAUGACAACAAAAGGACUCAGAAUGGCACGAAAGACUAAAAGGUGCUCUUUGUCGCCCGAGGAGAAGCAACCAGACAGCGAGGUUCCCCAGAGCCAGCCAUCAGCACCACAGGAUGCGAUUAGCUCAGGUGGAAAUAAUGAGAACAAACUUCAAGCAUCUUUAAAUGAAUGCCAUGUGACAGUGCCAAACCCAGUCAGCGGAGUCUGUGAUACCAAUCAGGUAUCAGACGUGCAAAGAUACACAUCUGUGCUCAGCAGCAACUACGACCCCAGCCGAGCUCUGCCUUGGCCCGAGGAAGGGGUGGAAGAUGCCAAAUUAGACGCAGAUAAUGAAAUGACUCUGAAACAGGCGUGGCAAAGGUUUAUUGACCAAUCACGUCAUCGUAUCCACAGUCUGAGGAUCCAUAAAGAGCACAAAGCAGCCAAGCAGUUGGGCUUCAUAAUUGCUGCUUUCUUAUUGUGUUGGAUACCAUAUUUUAUUGCUUUCAUGGUCAUGGCCUUUUGUAGAGAGUGUGUCCACCAUGACCUUCACAUGUUCACUAUAUGGUUAGGUUACAUCAACUCUACUCUAAACCCUUUUAUAUAUCCGCUCUGCAAUGGAAACUUUAAACGGGUUUUCAAAAAUAUCCUUAACAUUCCUUUGUGA